CGCAAGGUUCGCCGCAUGGCGGGGACUACGAGCCGUGGUCCUCGGGGCCCCCCCGGGAUUUGUUACCUUCUUGGCUCCCUGCUGGCCGGACUGCUUUGCCCCGGGGCUGUCGCCUUCAAUCUGGACGUGAUGGGCGCCCUGCGCAAGGAGGGCGACCCGGGUAGCUUCUUCGGCUUCUCUGUGGCUCUGCACCGGCAGCUGCAUCCCCGACCCCAGAGUUGGCUGCUGGUGGGGGCUCCGCAGGCGCUGGCUCUGCCUGGGCAGCAGGCGAAUCGCACCGGGGGCCUCUUCGCUUGUCCCCUGAGCCUGGAAGAGACUGACUGCUACAGAGUUGACAUCGACCGUGGAGCUGAUGUGCAGAAAGAGAGCAAGGAGAACCAGUGGUUGGGAGUCAGUGUUCGGAGCCAGGGGCCUGGGGGCAAGAUUGUCACCUGUGCACACCGGUACGAGGCACGGCAGCGAGUAGACCAGAUCCUGGAGACCAGGGAUGUGAUCGGUCGCUGUUUUGUGCUAAGCCAAGACCUGGCCGUCCGCGAUGAGUUGGAUGGUGGGGAGUGGAAGUUCUGUGAGGGGCGCCCCCAAGGGCAUGAACAGUUUGGGUUCUGCCAGCAGGGCACAGCUGCCGCCUUCUCCCCUGACAGCCACUACCUCCUCUUUGGGGCCCCAGGAACCUAUAACUGGAAGGGGUUGCUCUUUGUGACCAACAUUGAUAGCUCAGACCCUGACCAGCUGGUGUAUAAAACUUUGGACCCCGCUGACCGGCUCCCAGGACCAGCCGGAGACUUGGCCCUGAAUAGCUACUUAGGUUUCUCCAUCGACUCGGGGAAGGGUCUGGUGCGUGCAGAGGAGCUGAGCUUUGUGGCAGGGGCCCCCCGUGCCAACCAUAAGGGUGCUGUGGUCAUUCUGCGCAAAGACAGCGCCAGUCGCCUGGUGCCCGAAGUUAUGCUGUCUGGGGAGCGCCUGACCUCCGGCUUUGGCUACUCGCUGGCUGUGGCCGAUCUGAACAAUGAUGGCUGGUCAGACCUGGUAGUGGGUGCCCCCUACUUCUUUGAGCGCCAAGAAGAGCUGGGGGGUGCCGUGUAUGUGUACAUGAACCAGGGGGGUCACUGGGCUGGGGUCUCCCCUCUCCGGCUCUGUGGCUCUCCUGACUCCAUGUUCGGGAUCAGCCUGGCUGUCUUAGGGGACCUCAACCAAGAUGGCUUUGCAGAUAUCGCUGUGGGGGCCCCCUUUGAUGGGGAUGGGAAAGUCUUUAUCUACCAUGGGAGCAGCCUGGGGGUUGUCAUCAAACCUUCCCAGGUGCUGGAGGGUGAGGCCGUGGGCAUAAAGAGCUUCGGCUACUCGCUGUCGGGUGGCCUGGAUGUGGAUGGGAAUCAUUACCCAGACCUACUGGUUGGCUCCCUAGCUGACACUGCUGUGCUCUUCAGGGCCAGACCCGUCCUUCAUGUAUCCCAUGAGGUCUUCAUUGCUCCCCGAGCCAUUGACCUAGAACAGCCUAACUGUGCUGCUGGCCACUCAGUCUGUGUGGACCUGCGGGUCUGUUUCAGCUACAUUGCAACCCCCAGCAGCUACAGCCCUAUUGUGGCCCUGGACUAUGUGUUAGAUGGGGACACAGACCGAAGGCUCCGGGGCCAGGUCCCCCGUGUGACCUUCCUGAGCCGUGGCCCUGAUGACCCCAAGCACCAGGCCUCAGGCACCGUGUGGCUGAAGCACCAGCAUGACCGAGUCUGUGGAGACACCAUGUUCCAGCUACAGGAGAAUGUCAAAGACAAGCUUCGGGCCAUUGUGGUGACCCUCUCCUAUAGUCUCCAGACCCCACGGCUCCGGCGACAGGCUCCUGGCCAGGGACUGCCCCCAGUGGCUCCCAUCCUCAAUGCCCACCAGCCCAGCACCCAGCGGGCAGAGAUCCACUUCCUGAAGCAAGGCUGUGGUGAAGACAAGAUCUGUCAGAGCAAUCUGCAGCUGGUCCAUGCUCGCUUCUGUGCUCGGGUUGGCGACACGGAGUUCCAGCCUCUGCCCAUGGAUACAGAUGGGACAACAGCCCUGUUUGCCCUGAGUGGGCAGCCAGUCAUUGGCCUGGAGCUGACGGUCACCAACCUGCCCUCGGAUCCAGCCCACCCCCAGGCUGAUGGGGAUGAUGCUCAUGAAGCCCAGCUUCUGGUCACCCUCCCCGCCUCUCUGCACUACUCAGGAGUCCGAGCCCUGGACCCUGCGGAGAAGCCGCUCUGCCUGUCCAAUGAGAAUGCCUCCCAUGUCGAGUGUGAGCUGGGGAACCCCAUGAAGAGAGGUGCCCAGGUCACCUUCUACCUCAUCCUUAGCACCUCAGGGAUCACUAUUGAGACCACAGAGCUGGAAGUAGAGCUUCUGUUGGCCACGAUCAGUGAGCAGGAGCUUCAUCCAGUCUCUGUCCGAGCACGUGUCUUCAUUGAGCUACCGCUGUCCAUCACGGGGGUGGCCAUUCCCCAGCAGCUCUUCUUCUCUGGUGUGGUACGGGGCGAGAGCGCCAUGCAGUCUGAGCGAGAUAUAGGCAGCAAGGUCAAGUAUGAGGUCACGGUCUCCAACCAAGGCCAAUCGCUUAACACCCUGGGCUCUGCCUUCCUCAACAUCAUGUGGCCCCAUGAGAUUGCCAACGGGAAGUGGCUGCUGUACCCCAUGCGGGUGGAGCUGGAGGGCGGGCGAGGGCCUGGGCAGAAGGGGCUCUGUUCCCCGAGGCCCAACAUCCUCCAACUGGACGUGGACAGCAGGGAUAGGAGGCGACGGGAGCUGGAGCAGCCAGAGCCGCAGGAGCGUCCGGAGCAGCCAGAGCCCAGCACAUCCUGGUGGCCGGUGUCCUCUGCCGAGAAGAAGAGAAACAUCACCCUGGACUGUGUCCGGGGCACUGCCAACUGUGUGGUGUUCAGCUGCCCUCUGUAUAGCUUUGACCGAGCUGCCGUGCUGCACGUCUGGGGCCGCCUCUGGAACAGUACCUUCUUGGAGGAGUACUCAGCUGUGAAGUCCCUGGAAGUGAUUGUCCGAGCAAACAUCACUGUGAAGUCCUCUAUCAAGAACUUGCUGCUCAGAGAUGCCUCCACAGUGAUCCCAGUGAUGGUUUACCUGGACCCUGUGGCUGUGGUGGCAGAAGGAGUCCCCUGGUGGGUCAUCCUCCUGGCCGUACUGGCCGGGCUGCUGGUGCUGGCACUGCUGGUGCUGCUCAUGUGGAAGAUGGGAUUCUUCAAGCGGGCACGGUACCCUGAAGCCACCGUGCCCCAGUACCACGCAGUGAAGAUCCCCCGGGAAGACCGACAGCAGUUCAAAGAGGAGAAGACGGGCACCAUCCUGAGGAACAACUGGGGCAGCCCCCGGCGGGAGGGCCCCGAUGCACACCCCAUCCUGGCUGCUGAUGGGCACCCUGAGCCAGGCUUGGAGGGGCAUCCCGUGUCAGGCACCGCCUAGUUUCCUCCGUCCCAGCCCGGCCUGUGGGUCCCCUCCACCCUUUUCCCAGACAUGGCUCCUUGGGAUGAAGAGGGUAGAGUGGGUUGCUGGAGUCCCAUCAGGAUGUGACAGGAUCUGUUUCCUCAGGGGCAUAGAUGUCUCCCCCCUACAAGGAACACCUCCCAAAACUUCCCCUUAGAACACACUUCCCCUUAGAACACUGUGAGGUGAGGGCAGAUCAGGAAUGGGGUUGUGGGGUAGGGGGAGAAGGGCAGUGAGGUCCUGACGCAAAAGUGGGAGAAGGGACCCUAAUCUCUCCCUCUCCCAUUCACCCAGUUUAAUAGGACCCCAAGGACCUGUCCCCUUGAAAGUGCCUUAAGCCCAGAGGGUUGGGGAGGAGGUUGUGUUGCUGACUCAGGGGUUCUUCUCUCCCUAGUUUCCCCUCCCCUCUGACCUUAGUUUGCUGCAUCAAUCUAGUGGAUU